GGCGUUGGGCUCGGGAGGACAUCGUCGCGGCCCCGGAAACGCCUCGUCCUAGGCGGCGGACCGCGGCGGUGGCCGUGAUGGCUGCUGGGCUGGGCGGCUGAUAGCUGGGCUAGGAGCGGGCCGAGCGCCCGGAAAAAAAAUCUCGGCGGCCGCUGCUCGAGCGCGGCCUGCGCCAUGGCUUCCUCCACCGCCUCGUCGGAGCAUUUCGAGAAGCUGCAUGAGAUCUUCCGCGGCCUUCAUGAAGACCUGCAAAGGGUGCCCGAGCGGCUGCUGGGAACCGCAGGGACUGAAGAGAAGAAAAAGUUGAUUAGAGAUUUUGAUGAAAAACAACAGGAAGCAAAUGAAACGUUGGCAGAGAUGGAGGAUGAACUACGUUAUGCACCCCUAUCUUUCCGUAACCCUAUGAUGUCUAAACUUCGAAACUACCGGAAGGACCUUGCCAAACUCCAUCGGGAGGUGAGAAGCACACCUUUGACAGCCAUACCUGGUGGCCGAGCAGACAUGAAAUAUGGCACAUAUGCUGUAGAGAAUGAGCACAUGAAUCGGCUACAGUCUCAAAGAGCAUUGCUUCUGCAAGGAACUGAAAGCUUGAACCGGGCCACCCAAAGUAUUGAGCGUUCUCAUCGGAUUGCCACAGAGACUGACCAGAUCGGCUCAGAAAUCAUAGAAGAGCUGGGGGAGCAACGGGAGCAGUUGGAACGUACCAAGAAUAGGCUGGUAAACACAAGUGAAAACUUGAGCAAAAGUCGAAAGAUUCUUCGUUCAAUGUCCAGAAAAGUGAUAACCAACAAGCUGCUGCUUUCCAUCGUCAUCUUGCUGGAGAUAGCCAUCCUGGGAGGUGUGGUUUAUUACAAGUUUUUUUCCAAGCAUUGAACUUCCUAAAGGGAAGGGUUUAUGGACCAGAACUCUGACCCUGUGAAUGGUGUUAGGGAUAAGUUAGCGUGAUGCUGCUAUGGGCUGACAAUUCCAGGACGCACUGUGUACCUAGACUUUGAGAAGGGGGGACACCACUUAAAUGUGAAGCAACAGCAGCAACAAGACCAGUAUGAGAGAGAGAGAGAGAUAUAUACAUACACAUCAAGGUAAUAAAGGCUGUUUAUAACUUCCUUAAA